AUGCAGCUUCUUCAGCAAUUAUUCCCGAAAUCCCAGAAUUCUUCUUCUUCCUCACGCCUAGUAAACGUCGCAAUAGUAUCAUCUUCCCUAUUCAUAGCCUACUUUUUCCUCUCUCUCCUCCUCCUCCACACUACCAAGUAUGUAAAUUUGUCAUCGCCGGCUGAGGCGCCCCCGUCCCCGCCGUCGCCGACCUCCGUGGAACAUUUGGUGUUCGGUAUAGCUUCGAACGAGAAGUCGUGGCGGACGCGUAAGGACUAUGUGGGGCUCUGGUGGAAGGCCGAUCAGAUGCGAGGAUGCGUGUUCCUGGACCAGAUGCCCAGUUCCCAAAACGACACAGCUUCGCUCCCUCCAAUUUGCGUCUCUGAGGACACGUCCCGGUUCCCCUACACCUACCGAGGCGGCCUCCGGUCGGCGAUUCGGGUCGCCCGGGUCGUGUCGGAGACGGUGGCGCUGAACCACUCAAACGUGCGGUGGUUCGUAUUUGGUGAUGACGACACCGUUUUCUUCCCCGAGAACUUGGUGAAGACGCUUUCCAAGUACGAUCACGAGCUCUGGCACUACAUUGGAACCAAUUCGGAGGUUUUUAUGCAGAAUAAGUUUUUCUCCUUCGAGAUGGCAUUUGGAGGAGCUGGGUUCGCGAUCAGCUAUCCCCUGGCAAAGGUUCUGGCCAAGGUGUUUGAUUCGUGCAUUGUUCGGUACCCGCAUCUCUACGGAAGUGAUGCCAGAGUUCACACGUGUAUCGCAGAGCUCGGCAUUGGGUUGACCCGGGAGCCCGGUUUUCAUCAGACCACCAUCGGAGCCCUGACCCAUCUGAUGCAAGCCGCCAGGGCUGACUCGCACAGGCUUCUACAGCAAACAGUUUGCUACGAUCCGUGGUUCGCGUGGACCGUCUCGGUCUCGUGGGGCUACGCGGUUCAGGUGUUCGACAAGCACCUGUCCUUGCCCGAUGUUCUUCGGACCCAACGCACGUUCAAGCCGUGGAAGAAGGGAAACGUUUUGGCGGAAUCAUUUAAUUUUGACAUGAUGAAGGAAUAUCACCUCGACCCGUGUCAGAGACCAGCUGUUUUCUUCUUAGAUAAGGUGGAAACUAAUGGCGAUGGAUUGACUAGGAGCAGUUACAGAAGUUUCGGCCGCGAUAAUUGCACCAAUAUCAACGUGGCUUCGCCGAAGAAGCUUGAGGAGGUCAGAGUGUGGUCGAAUAAGCUUGAACUUGACAUCAAACAGUUGCAGGCACCUCGACGGCAUUGCUGUGAUGUAUUGCCUUCCUCGGCAGGGGAAGUGAUGGAAAUUGGGAUCAGAGAGUGCCAAGAAGAAGAGUUAAUCUUCAUGCAUCUGUCUCUGGCCUAG